AUGCUUAACAAAGCGAGGAGGGUGUUUGAUUCAAUGCCAGAGAGGAAUGUGAUUUCGUGGACGGCAAUGGUAAGAGGGUAUGUGCAAGAGGGGAUGAUAUCUGAGGCAGGGUCACUCUCUUGGCAGAUGCCUGAAAAGAAUGUCGUGUCGUGGAUGGUGAUGUUGGGCGGCCUAAUACAAGAGAGAUGUGUUGAUGAUGCUCGUCGGCUAUUUGAUGAAAUGCCUGAGAAGGAAGUGGUGGUGAGGACUAACAUGAUUUACGGGUAUUGCCAGGAAGGUCGUUUGGCUGAGGCCAGGGAGAUUUUUGAUGAGAUGCUGCGUAAAAAUGUCAUUUCUUGGACAACGAUAAUAUGUGGGUACACACAAAAUCAACGAGUAGAUGUUGCUAGAAAGCUAUUCGAAGUCAUGCCUGAGACAAAUGAGGUGUCGCAGACCGCGAUGCUGAUGGGGUACACUCAAUGUGGGCAGAUACAGGAAGCUUCGGAGCUUUUUGAUGCAAUGCCACUAAAGCCAGCUAUCGCUUACAACACCAUGAUUCUUGGGUUUGGCCAAAUUGGGGAGGUAGGUAAAGCAAUGUGGGUAUUUGACCAGAUAAGAGAGAAGGAUGAAGGGACAUGGAGCGCGAUGAUCAAGGUUUAUGAACGGAAAGGAUUUGAAUUGCAAGCACUUGAAUUCUUUUCUUCCAUGCAGAGGCAAGGAGUUAGGCCAAAUUACCCGACUCUAAUCAGUGUACUUUCCGUUUGUGCCAGCCUUGCAAGUCUUGACCAUGGUAGAGAGAUUCAUGGUCAGUUGGUGAGAUCCCACUUUGAUCAUGACGUAUAUGUUGUCUCGGUUUUGAUUACUAUGUAUGUCAAAUGUGGCAACCUGGAAAAAGCAAAACUUGUUUUUGAUAGUUUUGCUCCAAAGGAUGUAGUUAUGUGGAACACUAUGAUCACAGGUUAUGUGGAAUACUAUGAUCACGGGAAAUGGAAUCACUCAAAUCAGUUGUGGCAUGACGAAGAUAAUGCAGUUUAA